CUGACUGAAGCUGUGUUUUCUCCUCUGCAGCUUGGGGCUUGGAGAGGAACAAGAAGGCUGGGCUCCAUCGAACCCUUCGGAGACGAUGGUUUCCUCCAGCCUCUGCCACCUAACGACCCACCAUGGCGGCUGCGCCCUCCGCGCUGCUCCUGCUGCUUCCUCUUCCAGCCAAAUGUUCCUAUCGCCCCGAGAGCCACAGCCGUCCUUCCGCCCCAGAGACUGAUGAAAGUCGAGGUGCGGGCACCAUGAGAGGCGAGAAAAACUGCUGCCGUGGAGCUGCGGGAGAUCACGGUUCCUGCCCCUCCGCACCUUCGCCUCUGGCCUCGACCUUCCUGAUGCCCGCGGCGGCUAUCUCCAGUAGUUGGUCGGGGUCCGGAGGCGGUUUGUCAGGAGGAGAUGAAGAGGAGACUCGGCUCCUUCAGCUCCUGCGGACCGCGCCAGACCCUUCGGAGGCCUUUCAGGCUUUGCAGGCUGUUCUGCCGCGGCGUGGCGGUCGACUGGGCUUCCCCAGACGGAAGGAAGCAUUGUACCGAGCCCUGGGCCGGGUGCUGGUGGAAGGAGGUAGAGACGAGAAGCGACUCUGCUUACAACUCCUCUUGGACGUUCUUCGAGGUCAGGGGGAGGCAGGCCAGCUGGAAGAGGCCUUUAGCUUAGCACUUCUGCCUCAGCUAGUUGUCUCUCUACGAGAAGAGAAUCCAGCCCUGCGGAAAGAUGCGCUGCAGAUCCUACACAUUUGUCUGAAACGUAGUUCUGGACAGGUGCUGAGAACGCUUAUACAGCAAGGACUGGAAAGUACCGAUGCUCGGCUCAGAGCUUCAACAGCGCUGCUGUUCCCUAUCUUGCUUACUCCUGAGGAUUUGUUGCUCGGCCUAGAUCUUACCGAAGUGAUAAUAUCCUUAGCCCGAAAGCUUGGCGAUCAGGAGAUCGAAGAAGAAUCUGAGACAGCUUUCUCUGCACUUCAGCAAAUUGGGGAGCGACUUGGCCAAGAGAAGUUUCAAUCCUAUAUCUCUCGCCUGCCAUCUGCCCUGAGGAGACACUACAAUCGCCGCCUGGAGUCCCAGUUUGGCAGUCAGAUUCCUUAUUAUUUGGAACUUGAAGCUUCUGGAUUUCCCGAAGACCCCCUUCCCUGUGCAGUGACCGUUUCCAACAGCAAUCUUAAAUUUGGGAUUAUUCCUCAGGAGCUGCAUUCAAGAUUGUUAGAUCAGGAAGACUAUAAGAACCGGACUCAGGCUGUUGAGGAACUAAAACAGGUGAUGGGACGAUUUAAUCCUAGUUCUAACUCUCAUUCAAGUCUUGUCAGUUUUAUUAGCUUGCUGUAUAAUUUGUUAGACGAUUCCAACUUCAGAGUGGUCCAUGGCACACUUCAGGUUCUGCAUUUACUGGUUAUUCGCCUUGGAGAGCAGGUACAACACUUCUUGGGACCAGUUAUAGCAGCUUCUGUCAAAGUGCUGGCAGACAACAAGUUGGUGAUCAAACAAGAAUACAUGAAAAUCUUCCUCAAGCUCAUGAAGGAAGUAGGUCCUCAACAGGUGCUUUGUUUACUCCUGGAACAUCUCAAACAUAAGCAUUCCAGAGUUCGAGAGGAGGUAGUGAACAUUUGCAUUUGCUCCCUCUUGACUUAUCCCAGUGAGGAUUUUGACUUACCCAAAUUGUCAUUUGAUCUUGCCCCAGCUCUUGUAGAUAGCAAACGCAGAGUUCGACAAGCAGCUCUGGAAGCCUUUGCUGUGUUGGCAUCGUCAAUGGGCUCAGGUAAAACCAGCAUCCUUUUCAAAGCUGUGGAUACUGUUGAACUACAAGAUAAUGGAGAUGGGGUGAUGAAUGCUGUGCAGGCCAGAUUGGCUAGAAAAACCCUCCCCAGGUUAACGGAACAGGGAUUUGUGGAGUACGCCAUACUCAUGCCAUCAUCUGCCCAGGGUAGGUCAAGCCAUUUGGCACAUGGAGCAGAUACAGAUUGGCUUUUGACUGGUAACAGAACUCAGAGUGCAUACUGCCACUGUGGUGACCACACACGGGAUAGCAUGCAAAUUUAUGGAUCUUACAGUCCAACUAUCUGUACCCGGAGGGUAUUAAGUGCAGGAAAAGGAAAAAAUAAAUUACCAUGGGAAAAUGAGCAGCCUGGAGUCAUGGGAGAAAACCAGACCUCCAAUCUGAAGGAUACAGAACAGUUUUCAGCAUAUGAUUUCAUCCCUUCGUCAAAAUUAAAGCCCUCCCAAGGAAUGUCAGUCAAUGAUGAUUUAUGUUUUAGCAGAAAAAGAGUAUCAAGAAACUUAUUUCAGAAUAGUCUGGAUUUUAACUCAGAUUCACUUCCUGUAUGUGCUGCUGGCACUACUGGAACUCAUCAGACAAAUCCUUCUGGGAAAUGUGGACAACUUGGAUUUUCACAGAUAUGUGGUAAAACUGGAAGUGUGGAUUCUGACUUACAGUACUUGGGGACAACUAACAGUUAUCAAGAUAAAGUGUAUGCUAGCCUAAAUUUUGGCGGUAAGAUACAACAAACAUUUGGUAACCAAACAGAACGUAUUUCAUCAUACUCUGGUCCAGAUCCAAGCCCAGGAGCCUUCAUCCUUCCAUCCUAUCCUCUCUCAUCUCGAACUAGCCCAAAACACACAUCUCUUACUGUGUCUCCAAAGAAGUCUCAAGAUAAUUCUGUUAAUUUCUCAAAUUCCUGGCCUCUUAAAAGCUUUGAAGGACUACCAAAGCCAAGUCCUCAAAAAAAGCUUGUCAGCCAAAAAUCAUCUGGCUCAACAGGAAGAAAUGACGGAGAAAAUUCUCAAGAAAAACCUCCAGUUCAACUCAUACCUGCCUUGGUGAGAUCAUCAUCUUCCCGACGAGGCCUGAAUGGGACCAAGCCUGUCCCUCCCAUACCAAGGGGAAUCAGCCUUUUGCCUGAUAAAACCGAUUUAAGCACAGUGGGACCCAAAAAGAAAGAGCCUAAUGAUAUUUGGAAGAGUGAAAAUGAUAGUGUUAAAAUUGAUCUUUCAGAAUUAAAUAUCAAGGACAAAGAUUUGGACCAAGAAGAGAUGCAAAGCUCUCUUAGGUCCCUUCGUAACAGUGCAGCUAAGAAAAGAGCAAAACUGAAUGGCAGUACUUCAGAUCUUGAAAGCCCUGAUUCUGCAAUUAAGCUCGACUUGACUAUGGACUCCCCAUCUCGAUCUUCCUCUCCAAACAUCAGCUCUUAUAGUGAAAGUGGAGUUUACAGCCAAGAAUCAUUGACUUCUUCUCUGUCUACAACUCCCCAGGGGAAUAGAAUGAUGUCAGACAUAUUACCAACAUUUGGAUCAAAACUUUGUCUAACAAAUCUUUCUUCUGCAAAGAAUAAAAUCUCUCAAAUAGCUGAACAAAGCCCCAGUACAGGGAUUACAACAUCCAACGUAAGCAUAAUUGGUCAACGUAUGAACUAUGGGUUUGAAUGUGGUGAUUUUGAAGAUGUUAGGUCACAUGACAUUUCCUCUAGUGUUUUAAAAAUACAAAAUAAGGAACACCCAAGACAUAAGCAUACAAAAGAGGAUGAAAGAGAGAGAGAAAGAAACAGAAACAUCAAUGGGUUGCCUCCCAUAUGUGCCCCAACCAGUGAUCAAACCCGAAACCCAGGAUUUACAGGGUCAUCAUCAAAUUUACAACAUAUUACCAGUUUUGACUUCAUAUCCACAAAUACCUUAUCAGAAGAUUCAGUAGUAGUUGUUGGAAAAGGUGUAUUUGGAAGUCCAAAUUCAGUACCAGCAACCUGCAGCCAGUCAGUGAUAUCUUCUGUGGAAAAUGGGUAUAAAUUUUCAGUUAAACAAAGCUUUGAACCACCAUCAGGGAUUUAUGGAAGAUCAGUCCAACAAAGUAUUCCAUCAUAUCUUGAUGUUGAGAAUGAAAAAGAUAUCAAACUUUCUGUUUCAAAAUCUACUUUUGGCAAGAUGAAACAAAAGAGGAAAGAGGAAAAGGAACUUUUUGACAUUAAAGAUUGUGGAAAGAAGGAACAUAAUUCCUGGGAGGAAAUGAAACAUACAGAAACUGAAAAAAUGACAUCAGAAAACUUAAAUAUUUUUGGAGAUGAGGUGGUGAUAUCAAAAAAUGAGAGUUCCUCUUUAGAAAACAUUACCUUUAACCCUCCAUUGAAAGGAGGGGCCAGUUUAAAAAGGUCACCAUCUCUAGUGUUUUCAGAUUCAGGUGAAGCAUCUCCUGGAGCCAUUCCACAGUAUAGAGAAAGGAUGUCUUCUGUCACUCAUAGUCCAGAAAUAAUGGAUUCAUCAGAACUACGGCCAUUUUCUAAACCAGAUAUAGCUCUGAUAGAAGCCCUGAAGCUUUUAGCUGAUGAGGAUUGGGAGAAGAAAAUUGAGGGACUGAAUUUUAUUAGAUGCUUAGCUGCUUUUCAUUCUGAAAUAUUGAACACAAAGUUGCAUGAAACAAAUUUUGCAGUAGUUCAAGAGGUGAAAAAUUUACGCUCUGGAGUUUCUCGUGCUGCUGUGGUCUGUUUAAGUGAUCUUUUCACUUACCUGAAAAAGAGCAUGGAUCAAGAACUAGAUACUACAGUAAAAGUUUUGUUGCAGAAGGCAGGAGAAUCAAAUACAUUUAUAAGAGAAGAUGUUGACAAAGCCUUGAGAGCUAUGGUCAGUAAUGUAACUCCUGCACGUGCAGUUGUUUCUCUUAUCAAUGGAGGACAAAGCCAUUUACACAUUGCAGUAAGAAGAUGUACAGCCCAGCACCUUUCAGAUGUAGUUGAACUUAUGGAAGUGGAGCGUAUUUUAUCUGGAACAAAAGAUAUGGCUGAACGUAUAUUACCAGCCGCUGCUAAGUUUGCUCAGGACAGCUCACAAGAAACCAGGUAUUAUGGUCGAAAGAUGCUUUUCCUCAUGAUGUGUCAUCCUAAUUUUGACAAAAUGCUUGAAAAGUAUGUCCCAUCUAAAGAUUUGCCAUAUAUUAAGGAAUCUGUUAAAAGCUUACGACACAAGGGCUUGGGAGAUUUACCAUUAGAUACUUCUUCAGCAAAAGGAAGACGAUCUCAUACUGGCAGUGUUGGAAAUGCAAGGUCAUCAUCUGUUUCCAGAGAUGUUUUAAAUUCAGCUGAAAGAGAGGUAACUGAAAUUCGUGAAGUCUCCAGAAAGUCAGUUCCCCGUAAUUCCUUAGAAAGUGCUGAGUAUAUCAAAGUCAUAACAGGUUUAUUAAACGCAAAAGACUUUCGUGAUCGUAUUAAUGGGAUUAAGCAACUUUUAUCAGAUACUGAAAACAAUCAAGAGCUUGUUGUUGGAAACAUUGUGAAGAUUUUUGAUGCUUUUAAAUCUCGACUUCAUGAUUCUAAUAGUAAAGUAAAUCUGGUGGCUCUUGAAACAAUGCACAAAAUGAUUCCUUUGCUUAGAGACAACUUAUCUCCUAUCAUCAACAUGCUAAUUCCAGCAAUAGUAGAUAACAAUCUGAAUUCCAAGAAUCCAGGCAUUUAUACUGCUGCCACAAAUGUUGUUCAGGCACUGAGUCAGCAUGUAGACAAUUACUUACUUCUACAGCCAUUUUGCACAAAAGCUCAGUUUUUAAAUGGAAAAGCAAAACAGGAUAUGACUGAAAAGCUUGCUGAUAUUGUUAUGGAACUCUAUCAAAGGAAGCCCUUUGCCACAGAACAGAAAGUGUUGGUUGUUUUAUGGCACCUCUUAGGUAACAUGACAAAUAGUGGCUCUCUGCCUGGAGCUGGAGGAAAUAUACGAGUAGCCACAGCUAAAUUAUCAAAAGCACUUUUUGCACAGAUGGGCCAGAAUCUGUUAAAUCAGGCUGCAUCUCAACCACCACAUAUUAAAAAGAGUUUAGAGGAAUUGCUCAAUAUGACAAUUUGAAACGAAUUAUAAAUCUUUCAUGAAAUAUGGUAUGAUGAACAAAAGUGUUUACAUGAUGACAAGUGGAGCUUUUUUAAAGUUACAUUUUCAGUGCCUGCACUUCUAAUCCAGUAAAUUAAGUCAAUGGCUAUUUUUAUUUGCAGCCUAUGAGUACACAUCUGACCUAUAUCAACCGUAUCACUUGUCCCAUCACACAAAAACCUAAAAUAAUAUAACUUAAUAUUCAUGAAAUAUGAGGAACAUGAAGUGAAUCCAAUUUUAAUAUUUUUGAGAAAAGUCCUGCUCAUUUGCACUAUUCUAUAGAAAUCGCAAUUUGUUGCCCUAUAUGUACAAUUAGAUUUGUAAUUAAAAAUAUACUUUUAUUAUGUAAUCAUGUUCUGCUAUGUCUCGUUACUCAAGCUUAUUUUAUGAAGUGGAAGAAAAGUCAUUGAACUAUGUUAUCACAAAGUUUUGUGUACUAUUUGUGAAAAAUGUGUAUUCUCAAAUCAGUCUGCUAAUAUGAUUGUUCAGUAUUAGCUUGUUUUUGCUGUUUUGUGUUAAUGUGAUAUAUUUGCUUACCACUUGGGUUUAAUCAUCUACAUAAUUGUGAAAUUUAACAAAUUAUAAUAAAGCAUGAUGACCAAAGUUUUAGAAAACAUUUAAACAUUUUAAAUGCACAUUUAAGAAAACGUGUUGAAUAUAACUUCCCUAUUUUUUGUGCAAACACUAAAUUAUAUUUCUAUAUGUCCUAACAUUUAUAAAGGUGUUAAUUUGCUGUCCAGUUGUAUAAUUCUCAAAAAUAGUGCCAGGUUGUCGAUAGCUUUUCUCAGAAUUCUUGGACUACAAGUACUGUAUGCAUCUUAAAAAAGAAAAGGAUUGUUAUAAAAUAAAAGGAUUUA